AAGGUUCUUCCAGCUUUUUCCUAAAAUCUGUAAGGUAGUUCAGGGAGGGAAUACCCUACAAUUCUGCUCUAUUGUUUCACCUUCUUUUCAACACAUUCGUUUCUUUCUUUUCUUUUCCCUCAAGUAAUUCCUAGGUUCCUGGUAAUGGCAAACGCCAAUGUUUACCUGACAUUCUUUCUUCUCCUAUGCCUUCUCAAAUCGGGUCGAUCAGCACGAAACGUAGGAAACAAUUAUGUGCAAGAAGCAUGUAGGGUAACCAGAUACCGUGCCCUUUGUAUCAACUCACUAGCAUCAUUUUCCAGCAUUGCUAGGAGAAGUCCAAGCAAGUGGGCGCGAGCCGGCGUUUCGGUGACUUUAGGAGAAACCAAGAAUGUUGCUCACUACUUAAUGAAAGUGAAGAAUUACAGGGAGAUGACGGGGAGCUACAAAAUUCCCCUCUCAGAUUGCAUGGAGUGCUUUCAAAAUGCUAUCGACCAGCUACACAGGUCACUUGGGGUGCUUAGGAAGCUAAGUGCCAGAAGAUUUUAUUCACAGAUGGGGGACGUGACUACUUGGUUGAGUGCAGCACUUACUGAUCAAGACACUUGCAUGGAUGGUUUUGAGAAUCCAAGGGGAAGGCAGGCCAAAAUGCUUCGGAAUCGGGUUAUGAGAGCCACAUGUUUUACUAGUAAUGCUUUGGCUUUGGUCAACAAACUUGCAACCUCGGGCUUGGACAGCUUAAAUGAUCCAUGACGAUUCUUGAUGUAAAAAGAAGAGAUUUGGAUCAAAAGGUUAAUGAUUAACAAGACUAUACAGUAACGAAUUGCAGCUGAACAAAGGGUUCAGAUGUUAAUUCAGUGUAAUAAUAAAGUCAAGCAGCCAGGCAUCAAAGAAUAUUUUGUGUCGAUGCAUCUAUGUAUGAAUAUUAAUAUCUUGUUCAUGUA